AUGUCUCGCGCCGACCAUGGCUUGAUUAAAAGCCGAAAGCGUAUUUCGCCCUUCCCAAAGAUUCCAGAAUAUGUCGAAACAAAAAUCUCCAACAUCAAGGCCCCUCUCUCCCCAGCCCAACACCUUAGCCUUACCUCAAGGAUUGCCAACAUGGUAUUCCCCUAUGAAUGGCUUGCCUACGAGUUGGAGAAUACACUGUUCCCCGGAAACGCUCCAAAAGGCUUCCACCGCGAAAUCAGCUACAGUUACCUAAACAGCAAUGUUGACAAAAGGAAGAAAGGCUAUGAACCCAUGUCCGAAGAUGUCGAGCACCACCAGAUUGAGACAAAACUAGGAACAAUCGUCGGUGUCCACGUCUACCGUGCAACGAAUGCAGAGGAUAACCCGAAGAAAGUUUUCGUUCCCCUCCAGGGAAACACCCGACCAGCCCGGUACAUGAACGAAAUUCUCGAGGCAUUGACCUUCGACCGCACGUGCGCUGUCAUUGCCAGAGACUUUGUCGGCUACGAUCUGAGUUCCAGGGUUCCGAACGAGAAUGGUGCCCUGGAGCUUGCCGCUAUUGCCAACGAACUAGCAGUGUACCAAUACGCCGUGGAAAUGUAUCCGGACGCGGAAAUCAUCCCCUUUUGUCGAUCGAUUGGUGGUCUUAUGUUGUUAAUCCUCCUAGGCUUCGUCAAGGUCAACAAGGUGAUUCUUUGUGUUCCCUUUGGAGAACUGUAUCCUGUCAUGCGGAACAUGGCGGAAAAGAUGGCCCGGUACGGCCUGCUUCGCCGCUGUGCGGGCUUUGUCGCGUCCCUUGUGGUACCGAAAUGCAUCGACAUGGCUUUCCCAAAGGGAUGUAAAGUGGAUGAAUUGCCGGGCUUUGAGACAACGGGUUUUCAACUGGCCAGUGCGAUUCAGGCUUCCAAUGCAGACUUUUCGGGCAAGUCGGUGCUGAUGUUCGAGGCGAAGGACGAUGACUUGAUCCCUCAGGGACAGACGCAGAAUUUGGCGGCCAAGUUGCAUGCAAAGGCGGCGAAAACGAAGAUUGUGACUCUAGAGGGCGACCACAAGGCAUUGCCCUGGGACGAGAAGAACUCACAUUUCGCCGUCGACGAGAUUAAGAGGUUCGUGGAUAAUGGAUUGUAG